AAAAUUAGUUACUGAAGACUUCGCUGUGCUUCUCCUUUCACUCUCAGAUGCUGCCAGGGUCUCUGAAGAGAGAAGACACCAGGAAAUAGGCCUGGAGCCCACUUCUUGUGUCCAGGAGACUUUCUGGAGCUCCUUCAGGCUCCUGCCUAGACACAACACCAUGCAUCUCCUAGGCCCCUUGUUUCUGCUCCUCGAAUACUUAGCUUCUUCUAACUCACACCUAUGGAAAGUUGAGCACCCGGCCAUCCUCUAUGCCUGGGAGGGAGCCUGUGUCUGGAUUCCCUGCCACUGCGUAAUCCCAGGAAUGGUCCUGGAAAACCUGACUGUGUACCACAAUUAUGUGUAUGACGAUAAGACCAAGAACUACAAUGGGACAAUCCUCUAUGAGAAGAUAAAGUCACAGGUGCGUGUCUCUCAGGAAAGAGUGAAAUUCCUGGGAGAUGAGAAAUCCAACUGCACCCUUCACAUCGACCCUGUAAAAGCCCAAGACAGCGGUCAGCUGGGGCUGCUGAUGACAGCGAAGAAUGAAAGAUGGAUGGAGAAUAUAGUCCUCAACGUCUCCAAGACCGCUCCUCCACCUCGCAUUGAGGUCCCUCCAGAAAUGUGGGAGUCACAGGAAGUCACUCUGACUUGCUUGCUGAAUUUUGCCUGCUUUACACACCAGAUCAAAUUGCAGUGGUCCCUGCAAGGGUCAUUUCAACUUUCCCCUGUCCUCUUGACUUCCCUGACCACCCAGACUAUCUUCACCCAGAGCAAGCUCACCUUCCAGCCACAAUGGACUCACCAUGGCAAGAAUCUGACCUGCCAGGUCUGGAAUGACGUAGAAGACAGUCUGCUCUCUCAGAAAACAGUGUGGCUAGAUGUGAAGCACAAACCAAAGUUGGAGGUCUUUCCCAAAGAAGCCACUGUAACAGAGGGUGAUCCUGUGACCAUGAUGUGCAAGGUCAUCAGCAGCAACCCAGAGUACCAGACUCUUUCCUGGUUCAAGGAUGGAAUCCUCAUGAGAGAGCAGGAGACACUGCAAAGGGAGCAGAAGACUCUCAAUCUAACUCUGCCUAAAGUGACCAAACAGAUGAGUGGAAAGUAUCGUUGUGAUGCCAGCAAUUAUUGGGGCACAUCAGCAUCAGAAGCGGUCCUCCAAGUGCUCUAUGUUCCAGAACCUUCCAGGGUUCAGAUCUUCUCCUCGCCAGCUAAGGAGGAAAGUACAGUAAAUCUGACUUGUAUAUCACAGGCCAAUCCUCCUCCAACCAAUUAUACCUGGUAUCACAAUAACAUUGAAGUAUGGAGAGGAACAGAUAAGACCUUUCAGAUCUUACAGGUCCUCCACAAGCAUGCUGGGAGUUAUUCCUGCUUGGCAGAAAACAGUCUUGGUCGUGGACGAAUUGACCAGUAUGCUGAAUUGGAUGUCCAAUAUUCCCCCAAGGAGGUAACCAUGGUGAUUCAAAACUCCACACAAAUUCGAGAAGGAGACAAUGUGACCCUGUCCUGUAACUAUACUUCCAGUAACCCCAGUGUUACCAGAUAUGAAUGGAAACCCCGUGGCUCCUGGAAAGAGCUAGUACCUGGGGUGCUAAGGAUUCAAAAAGUUGCCUGGAAUGCCGAGCCAUUCACCUGCGCAGCCUGUAACCAGUGGUGUUCGUGGGCUCGCCCUGUCAACCUGCAGGUCCAAUAUGCCCCCAGAGAUGUCAAGGUCCUGCUGAUUAGCCCUCAUUCUGAGAUUCACUCCGGACACGUAGUCCUCCUCCGGUGUAACUUCUCAAGCAGCCGUCCCACAGAUGUUCACUUCUUCUGGAAGAAGAAUGGGAUCUUUCUGAGGGAGGGAAGAGAACUGAGCUUUGGCUCCAUCUCCCCAGAAGACGCUGGAAGUUACAGCUGUGUGGCCAGUAACUCCAUAGGACAGAGCACAUCCAAGGCCUUGGUGCUCCCAGUGCAGUAUGCACCUAGGAAGCUAUGGGUGUCCAUCAGCCCCAAAGACAGAGUGAUGGAGGGGAAGAAGGCAGUCCUGACAUGUGAGAGUGAUGCCAACCCUCCCAUCUACCAAUAUAACUGGUUUGACUGGGAUAACCAGAACCUCCACCAUAAUCAUCGGAUGCUGAGACUGGAUCCUGUGAAGGUCCAGCACUCAGGCGCCUAUUGGUGCCAGGGGUUCAACAAACUGGGUGUGGACCGGUCGCCCCCCAGUACCCUCACUGUCUAUUAUAGCCUGCAGACCAUCAGCCGGCGAGUGGCCCUGGGACUGGGGCUGUGCCUGGUCAUCCUCUUCCUGGCAUUCUUGGGAGUCAAGUUUCAGCGAAGCUGGAAGAGGAUUCAGAGCCAGCAAGGGCCUCAGGAAAAUUCCAGUGGGCAGAGCUUCUUUGUGAGGAAUAACAAGAUUAGAAGAGCCCCCCUCCCUGAAGGCCUCCAGUCCCUGGGCUGCUACAAUCCGGUGAUGGAAGAUUCUAUCAGCUAUGCGAUGCUGCGCUUUCCUGCUGGCGAGACUGACACACCCAGGAUUGGGGAUGCAGGGACCCCAGAGGUGCACAGACCUUCCCUAAACAGGGACAACACGGUCACUUACUCCGUGGUGCAGAAGCGGCAAGUGGGCGACUAUGAGAACGUGAUUCCAGAUGCUCCAGAAGACGAUGGGAUACAUUACUCGGAGCUGGUUCAUCUUGGGGUUGCGGAGCGGCCUCUGAGACAGGAAGGAGUGGAGUACGUGACUCUAAAGCACUAAUGCAUCAAAUUGGCUGAGGUGGAGGUGCCUAAGGGCUGUCGGGAUAGUCAUGGCCCCUGCAGUCCCUGUUGCUCAAUCGAGAAGUUACACAACCUCUCCUUACACACACACACACACACACACACACACACACACACACACGUACAUACUCGUGUACAAUUACUGCAUCCCAGUCAUACAGAGAACUUUGGGCAUGGCCCAGAGACAGUCUUCCCUCUCAGCAUUGGUAACCUCAACCAUCCCAAAGGCCUGGCCCUAUCCUUCCCACUCUCCUUCCCUCCCAGAAAAUCAUCUGAACACCUAGCCUGCACUGUACAAAUCCUCUGCCCCUCCCCAACCAUCUGCCACCACCCAACCCCUCCAACACCCACCCCAGCUGUCUGUGUCCCUGGGGAGGUCAGCUGUCGCUAGCUUUUCCUUUUCCCCUCCCCAUCCCCUUAACACCCCACCCUCCUGCCCCACUCUGAGAGCCCUACUCACUAAUCUUAAGCCUAAUAUAUCUGAAGCAAAGUCCAAAGGAAGGGACAGAAAUGAGGCAGAAAGAGGAA